GAACAUAAACAAAUUAAGAAAGCAGGUCCUUGAUUACUCGGAACGAUUAUGUGGAUUGAGAUUAAGCCCACCUCUCUCGGGAUUAUUGACUCGGUUGGAUAUUUAUACAUGUGGCUCAACAUCCUCACUAUAUUUAGAUAAAUAUAGAUCACAAAGUAUGUAUAUAAACAUCCUAGAAACACAACUUUAAAGCAAAAAAAUAACAACAAAUACAUGGCAGAGACUCAAGGAAAGGUCAUCACUUGCAAAGCUGCUGUGGCAUGGGGUCCAAAAGAGCCGCUUGUAAUACAAGAAAUAUGCGUAGAUCCUCCUCAGAAAAUGGAAGUUCGGGUUAAAAUCCUUUACUCCUCCAUUUGUCACACCGAUCUCGGAGCUUGGACCGGAGUGAACGAAGCCGAACGAGCAUUUCCUAGGAUUCUUGGCCAUGAAGCUGUUGGGAUAGUUGAAAGUGUAGGAGAAGGAGUAAAAGAUGUGAAAGAAGGAGACUAUGUGAUUCCCACUUUUAAUGGAGAAUGUGGUGAAUGUAGAGUGUGUACGAAUGGAGUAAGUAAUCUCUGUGAGAGAUAUAAAGUUGAUCCAAUGAAAAGACUUAUGGUUAAUGAUGGAGGGACGAGAUUCUCAACCACCACAAACAAGGAAGGUGGUUCGAGCCAGAAGCAACACGUUUAUCACUUCCUUAACACAUCCACGUUCACUGAAUACACCGUCUUGGACUCUGCUUGCGUCGUCAAGAUCGAUCCUAAUGCUCCUCUCAAGCAAAUGAGCCUCUUGAGCUGUGGUGUCUCCACUGGUGUGGGAGCAGCUUGGAACACUGCCAAUGUGAAGGAAGGAACAACCACUGCUGUCUUUGGAUUGGGUUCUGUUGGACUCGCGGUUGCUGAAGGUGCAAGAGCAAGAGGUGCUUCUAGGAUUAUUGGUAUUGACGCUAAUGCUUCCAAAUUUGAGAAAGGUAAACUGAUGGGUGUAACAGACUUCGUAAACCCUAAAGACUUAACAAAGCCAGUACAUGAGAGGAUUCGAGAGCUAAUGAGUGGAGGCGUGGAUUAUAGCUUCGAAUGUACAGGAAACGUCGAUGUUCUUCGCGAAGCCUUUUUAUCCACUCAAGCUGGUUGGGGAUCGACGGUGCUUGUAGGAAUAUAUCCGACACCAAAAACAUUGCCCCUUCAUCCAAUGGAGCUUUUUGACGGCCGCACAAUCACCGGUUCUAUAUUCGGUGGUUUCAAGCCCAAAUCUCAGCUUCCAAAUUUUGCUCAACAAUGCAUGAAAGGGGUUGUGAAAUUAGAACCUUUUAUUACCAAUGAGCUUCCAUUUGAGAAGAUAAACGAUGCGUUUCAGCUGCUUCGCGAUGGAAAAUCUCUUCGUUGUCUUCUCCAAAUCUCUAAAUUUCUCAAGAAAUGAUUCUACGUACCUUCCCAAAGGUUACUAUUAUAUAAUCAACAAGCACUUCUCUUUUUAUCAUAAAUUUAUGUUUAUCAUCAAUAGUUCGAUGAAAAAUUAUUAUUCGUGCUCAGAUAUUAUUUAAUUUGACUAAACUCAAAAAUGAUCUCGUUCAUUGUGAGAACCGAGAAACUUUCAUACUAAUCAAAAUUUCUAAUGGAACCGUAAAUUUUCAUAAAA